AUGCCAUACUGGAGUAAUGAUUUGAAAAGAUUCAAUUUCCAACAACGAACAUGUUCAACAUUUAUCCCACAAGAAACAAAUCCUACACGAUGCGUUUGCAAUCGUUAUCUUACUGCUCAUGAUAACGUACAAACUGACGAGAAAACAUGGAACUUACGAAUGCAUACUAAGACAAAAACAACCAAAUGCUUUGGAACAUUAGUUCAAUCGAAUAGUCCUUACUUACGAUGUGACAUUGAAACUGACCUUGAUGCACUAUGUUUACUAUUAUUUGGAGUAUGGAAUAUACCAGUACCAGGUUUAAUUAUGCGCAUGAUAAGCGAUGUGAGUUCGACACUAGACGUUCAAUUAGAAAAAGAGUUUUUGAAAGGAAUUUUGGCUGCUGCUGUAGCAUCUGAUGCUUGGAUUAUUACAAGUGGCUAUAAAGCAGAGGAUGUUUCACAAUUGAUUGGUGAAAUAGUAUAUAAAAGUCGCAUAAGAAAUCCCGAAAUCAAUUUCACAGCUAUUGCCAUUGGUAAAUGGGGUAAUAUUCAAGAUUGCCGUACACUCGAAAAUAGUAACAAGGAGAGUUCAUCUGGAAAUAAUGAAAUAUCUCGUCGACACAAGUUAGAACUAAAUCAGACACAUUAUAUUUUCUUUGACGACGGUACAUUAAAUACAAUGGAUACCGGUGAAUUUGCUUCACAGUUGACUCUCAAAAUUUCACGUGGAGCACAUCGUAGAAGUUAG